AUGAUAAAAUUUAAGGAGAAGGAAUUCUUAAUACUAAGAAAGGAGAUUAAUAUAAAGGAGAAUUUUAUGAAAAUAAGAAGCAUGGCCAUGGAGAGUUUCAUACAACAAAAGGAGAUAGGUGAAUAUUGGAAAGAUAAAAGAUAAGGAAGAGGUACUUAUUUCUUUCCUAAUGGUGAUAUUUAUAAUGGUUAAUUUUAAGAUGAUUAAAUGCAUGGUAAAGGAGAACUCAAAAUAUAGAAUACUGGAGAUAUGUAAAAAAUUAAUGAGAAUUCUAGAUAUACUGGUUCAUUUAAAAAUAACAAAAAAGAAGGAGAUUUUGAAAUCAAACAUUCCAAUGGAUAGAUUGCUAAAGUUACCUUUAAAAAUGAUUAAGUAAUAGGAAAUGUAAAAUCAAUUAUCUAAAAAGCAAUAAAAGGAUCUAUAUUUCAUGAUAGAAAACAAUGA